GGAGUAAUAAGCGUAUAGGAUCCCGCUAAGAGUCUCAAGAGUUCUUAACUGACCUACUUAUCCUGUAUACGAAAUAACCUGAAACACACCCACCUAAGAAACCUCGAUUGCCUCGAUUGCCUCGAAAGCCUGGAAAAAGCCUCGAUUGCAACGAAUUUUCAUAAAACCUCACCGCCACCCAUAAAGACCGAUUCUGACCUUUCUCAAACUGCUGCGACUGCGACCUCUCGUUUCUUUAUGAAGGCGAACCCCUCUCUGGUCGGAUCUGUUAUUACUUCUUCUUCUCCUUCUUCUCCUUCUUCUCCUUCUUCUCCUUCUUCUCCUUCUUCUCUCCUUCCUUUUUACGACAUCAGCAUACUUGCACGAGCACCGUGUGGUUUUGGCUAUUGAUUUAUUUAUAACAACUACCCACGUCCUUGCUCCAUCUCACCAGUAUAGCUAGCUAUCAGUCACCACUAUCGUCUGAUAAGCCUUCCCUCCCAUUCCUAUCCUCAACUACCACACGAGAAGUGCCAGCCAGUAUCUAUCGUCUUCGCAACAACACGCACACCAUAUCAGUCUCGUACCGUCUGUUGCAAGUUGAUCGAUUCGAAAACGAAACGAAGCCUAAGCAUCAAAUCCUGUCCUUCUAUUUGAACGCAUAACUGUUAUCAAAGCCACCGCACGGAAAGUACUAGGUCUACCUGGAAAAUACGCACUGCCUUCAUUCACCACUUACUACAUACUUGGUAAAAGGUCAAAACUCGAGUCAAACCACCAUUCGACUCAACACUCCCUCCUUAUUCUUUAUCCUGUAGUUUGUCGACUGCAUACCUUUGUACCUCGCAGAGAAGUGUAAUAAUCAAAUUCUACGCUGCAUUUGUGGAAAUACGCCGACCGACGGACGCACGAAUCCGAAUCUUGAAAAGAUACGGAAAGAGGGAGAGUACAAGAAUCGGAAGGGAAAAGGGAAAAGGGAAAGAAAAGCCUUUUACGACUACUGCACCACAUACAUCACUUAAAGAAGUACAGUGUGCACUAAUUCUUGAAUCCUUACUCUGUACAUUGCGAAGAGUACAGAGUCAUUCAAGACUUUUACUUACACGCGGAUUGAUUGGAGACAAGGAAGCGAGAAAGCUCCCUCAUUUUCAAACAUCAGCAAGUUUCACCAUCUCCCACAUUGAACCUUCUUUUUUUUCCUCCUCUUCAAUCAUACAACUUGCAUACCUCAAUCACAAUGAGUACGGCUAUUGCAAUGGCCCCUUCACCGGUACCUCACGACAGAUCAUCAUAUGUUGAUAUCGCUCCUUCAAAACCUUCGAACUCUCCUCCGGCGCAAAGGAUGCCCUCUACGUCAGCCACACCGAGCGUAACAAUGGCGGCACAGCGUACAGGGAGCGGAAGUCCAAAAUCAACUUCAGCAAAACCUUCACCUACUGCAUCUCGCAGUGGUGCACCACCUAAGAUAAUCGUUAAAAAGGAACCAUCCUCACCUGAAAUAACUGCCACUUCGCGUCAUAGACCUCGAAAGCUUGAUCUCACCAAAAACACUUCGAGCGUCAAUCCAGGUACUGGAAGACCAUCAGCCAGUCAAUUGACUGGUAGGGGUGCGGAGAGUGGUGGAUUGGGUAUUCAGGACGUCGGCUUGGCAUGUCUCUCACCAGGUUUCGUCACACAAGAUCCGACGAUGCGAGAACAAUUGCAGCGAAGUUUAUCUGUUCGUGAACAACAGAGACAUAUUAUCGAGUCGCGGUUACAACAAACGGCUAAGCCUGGUGAUGCGCCAAUGGAAAGCGCUAAAGAAAGAGAGUUGAAUGGAUUACCAGCAAAAACCCCAGGUACAUCUAGAAGAAAGGCGCCCCCGGGACUAAGCAUUGUUGCACCAUCCCACGAGCAAUUUGCGAAUGAGAGAGUAAUUCAAUCCGCUCCAAUGCAUCAUAGCUUUCCUGGCAGGCAUCAACCACAACCUCUAACCCGUCACGUCGCAAAUCAACCGUCGAAUCUCUCCAACACAUCUCACAUCCAUCAUGUACCUGCUACCCAAACUGCCAAUAGACUACCACCAAUUUCGGAUGUCUUCGCAGCUGAGAAUCUAGGUGCACACCGUGAAUCGCCACGAGGAAACGCGUACCAAAAUUCGAACUCAAAUUCCAAUUCAUCGCAUUCCAACUCUAGGCCAGGUUUCCCAUCACCAGGACAUACUUCACAACCACCAGCGUCUGCAGGCCAUCAGCGUCCUCGUGAAUACCGUUCUGCUGAGGAUGCACAGGCUGAUCUGGCUGGUGGUCGUGCUGAACUCCUGCCUAAACUCGUACAUUACGGAGGCCACCAACCCCCCACUCCUCCAUCACCUACAAAUGUCAACGCAAGACCUUCGGAGGCUGGUCGAAGCAGUGGUAGAAGAAGACCUAGAGCAGAGUACGAAGAGGGAGCUAGUCCACCACUUGGACAAGGUCCACCAACAUCAAGACGAACUGGACCAUUUGGAGAGGGACGAGAUAGUCCUAUGACUUCACAACAGAAGAAGGAAGAGUUCAUGCGCCUGUGUAAUCGGGCUUGGGAUCUUUUCCAUUCUUAACUGUUUGUUUUCAUGUCUCUCUUUUUCUUCUUUCCUUUCGUCUAUCAAACAAUAAUGCUAUAACCGGAGCUUCACUUUUACUUCUGGGAAAGGCAAUACUCUUUUUGCGUUUUAUGAUGACAGGGCAUGUUGUACGUGCCUGUCGGUAUACUUUCUUGAGCCAUUAUGAUCGACUGAAUGAUUUCUUACUACUGCUUCAUAUGAUUGAUGCGUUGAUUCAUGGUUAUAAUGGACACAAUUAUAUUUAAUUCGCUAGGGUGAAUGGGGGUGGUGUGGAAUGGAGGGGUCUGUGGGUGAACGGAUGGGUGGUUAGGGAAAAGGGAAUGGCAUACAAUGAUUUUCCACGAUUUUUUCGGCAAUCCUUGAAGGUGGACGGGGAAUGGGAAUAGGAACGGAAGGCAAAUAAGGAUAGGAGGAGAUAUUUUCAGAAGAGGAAUGGAUUAUGUUCUAUAUUCAAUGAAAAAGAUCUCUAAUAUUUAAACUUCUUCGCUUCGUA